GGGAGGGGGGUGACCGUGACGGACGUGAAAGUCAGGACGAGCGCGAGACCUAGAUCCAAGAGCGCGUAGGCAAAGGGAGGACGUGGGGAGGGCGCGAUCGUGUCUGGUAUGGGAUGCCGUGGAAAGGAGGGACCCCCGUCGCAGACCCUGAGUAGAUGUGUGGAUGGUUCCCUGGAGGAGCCCUCACCUUCCCGUUUGCCCUUUCCUUUGCUUGCACCAGGAUCCCCAUGGUCUCUGUUCGGGUUCUGCAAACUUUCUCUUUGGGUGGGUUUAGUCAGCUAUUGCAGUAUAGAACUGCCAGGGCUCUUUCUGGUACUGGGGGUAAACGUGAGGACUAUGUCAGAAAACAGGAAGCCGCUUCUGGGCUUCGUGCGCAAGCUCUCCAGUGCGACUGCGCUGGGGAACUCGGGCAAGACUCACUGCCCCCUGUGCAUGGGCCUUUUCAAAGCGCCCAGGCUCCUGCCUUGUUUGCACACGGUGUGCACCACGUGUCUGGAAAAGCUGGAACCCUUCUCAGUAGUGGACGUCCGAGAGGGAGGCUCUGACACAAGCUCUGAGGGGUCAAUAUUCCAGGAACUCAAGCCUCGCAGCCUGCAGCCGCAGAUUGGUAUCCUCUGUCCGGUAUGUGACGCUCAGGUGGACCUGCCCACGGGUGGAGUGAAAGCUUUAACCAUCGACCACCUGGCCAUGAAUGAUGUGAUGCUGGAGAGUCUGCGGGGGGAAGGCCAGGGCCUGGCGUGUGACCUGUGCAGCGACAGAGAAGUAGAGAAGAGAUGUCAGACCUGCAAAGCCAAUCUGUGCCACUUCUGCUGCCAGGCUCAUAGACGGCAGAAGAAAACAACGUAUCAUACCAUGGUGGACCUAAAAGACCUGAAAGGUUACAGCCGAGUUGGAAAGCCCAUCCUGUGUCCUGCUCACCCUGCAGAGGAGCUGCGGCUGUUCUGUGAGCUCUGUGACCGGCCCGUGUGCCGGGACUGCGUUGUGGGGGAGCACCGGGAACACCCUUAUGACUUCACCAGCAAUGUCAUCCACAAGCAUGGGGACUCAGUGCGUGAGCUCCUCAGAGGCACCCAGCCCCACGUGGAGGCCCUGGAGGAAGCCCUGGCUCAGAUCAAAAGCACAAACAGUGCCCUCCAAGAGCGAGUGGAGGCAGUGGCAGCUGAUGUCCAGAGGUUCUCUGAGGGCUACAUAAAAGCCAUUGAGGAACAUCGGGACAAGUUGCUGAAGCAGCUGGAAGACAUACGAGUCCAGAAGGAAAACUCCUUGCAGCUGCAGAAAGCACAGCUGGAACAGCUGCUGGCAGACAUGCGGACGGGAGUAGAGUUCACUGAGCACUUGCUGACCAGCGGCUCAGACCUGGAGAUCCUCAUCACGAAGGGCGUGGUGGUAGAACGGCUCAGGAAGCUGAACAAAGUUGAAUACAGCACCUGCCCUGGAGUAAAUGAAAAGAUCUGCUUCUCACCUCAGGAAAAGGCAGGCCAGUGCCGUGGUUAUGAAGUUUAUGGGGCCAUUAAUACCAAACAGGUUGAUCCAGCCAAAUGUGUCCUUCAAGGAGAAGAUCUCCACAGAGCUCGGGAGAAACAGACAGCCUCUUUCACCCUGCUUUGUAAGGAUGCUGCAGGAGAGAGCAUGGGCCGGGGAGGAGAUAACAUCCAUGUUGCAGUUGUCCCUAAAGAUAAGAAAGACAGUCCAGUCAGAACAAUGGUCCAGGAUAACAAGGAUGGCUCCUACUACGUUUCCUACAUCCCCAAGGAACCAGGAAUCUAUACUGUGUGGGUCUGCGUCAGAGAGCAGCACGUGCAGGGCUCGCCGUUCACUGUGAAUGUGAGGAGAAAGCACCGCCCACAUCCAGGCGUGUUUCACUGCUGCACCUUCUGCUCCAGCGGAGGCCAGAAAAAUGUACGCUGUGCCUGUGGAGGCACCAUGCCUGGUGGAUACCAAGGCUGUGGCCAUGGACACAAAGGCCACCCAGGUCGUCCCCACUGGUCUUGCUGUGGAAAGUUCUCAGAGAAGUCUGAGUGCACAAGCACAGGUGAUCAGAGCGCACCCAGGAGUCUGCUUCGGACCGUGGCACUCUAAUGGCUUGCUGGGCAUGAGCUCAGCUUGGUAAAUGUACAGGCAGUCUAACUUCAAAUUUCCUAAGGACCCUAGAGCUUCAUUAGUUCUGAAAAGACUGACAGAAUUAAACACAAAGUGCCUUAUCUAGCAUUUCAGUUCACAUACUUUUUGUGAGUGCUUAUAAUUGUGGGUGGCUGAAUGCCCUAGACUGUCAAAGAAAGGUUGCCAGUGUUCUUUCUGUACAACAGGAGAUUCCUUUCUGCUUCAUUCAGGCAUGGGUUUCCUCUUCCUUCUGGAAGCCAGAAAGAUUGUGAUUUGGGGUAGGGCAUACAAGUAGACAGCUAAUAAAGGGGAAUGGUGUUGAAAGAUCUCACACAUCUGCUGCAAUUCUAGAGACCUUCAUCCUCCUCAGCUUUCUUUGGCUGUGAAGGAGUAACCUUUGCUUGUGUCUUUAUAUCUAGAAAUUGAGCUGAAAGCUUUUACUCUUACAGGGAGCCUUGAUAGCUGCUGGAAAGUUCUACAGAGAGGACUUAGCACUGCCUCAGGCUUGUCAAGGUCUUCUCCAUAUAAAUUUUGUGUGUUUAAGGAUGCUUGAUGUCUUAAAUAGCAGUAAAAACUGAGUAUGUGUUUAAUAAAAUUACUGAGAUUUUCACUGUGACAUCCCCUAA